AUGGAUAGCUUACCUUUGCAUAUCCUCGAUGAGAUUCUCUUCAAACUGGAUCUCAAGUCUCUGGCGAUGAUGCAAUGCACGGGCCGUAGAUCACUCAAAUCCUAUAUAUCGGACAAAUUCAAAUAUGAAUACUUAUCUGGACACGGAUCCCAUUUGCUUCACAUCUCCACCUUUGGCUCCAACAUAAUCUUCUGGCACUCUUGGGGCGACCCUAGGUUUGCAAGUUUCAUAGGACCCUUACGGUACAAGAAUCGGAUUCUCAGCUCCUGUUCCGGCCUUCACCUACUCUUCCAUAAGCAUGGUCUCUUCGUCAGGAAUCCCCUCACGAAUACGUCUCAAUUCCUGGAUCACUCUGGAUCAAAUCUUCUUCCUCUCCGCAGCGUUGAAGGUUUUCGACUUAAACGGUAUAAAGUAAACCGGUUCGGGUUAGCAGUUGAUCAAAUCGAUCAAAGAUUCAAAGUUGUAUGCAUAAAGGAGCUUAGUGCUUUGAACUUUGACGGAACAAUGUAUCAAUUCGUGAUUAGGACCGGAGAGUCCUGCUGGAGAUUAUCGGAAACCACCAUUACUUGCGACGGCUCGAGCAAUCUCAUGCGGCGUAUGAAAUCUGUUUACUUUAACGGAUAUGUUCACUGGUUGAGAGAAGAUGGAAAAAUCUUAGCUUUCAAUCCCGAAACAGAGCAAGCACGACUGAUUCCGAUCAAAUUCCCCCAAGAACAUAACUCGACGGUAAGGAUGUUAGCAGCUGCAGACAAAGAACUAAGAUUGAUAACGGAAACAGAGGAAGUCAUCUUCAUUUAUGCCCUUGAGAGUAUUCUGACGACAGACGAUCGCAAGUGGGUCUUAAUGAAGCGGUAUGAGAAGAGAGAGAGGGUUAGGUACAGCUGGAACGUUGCGGCGUACGACGGCAAGUGUGUAAUGGUGAGAGAGAAGGAGGAGGAACGUUACAAUGGAGUGGUUCAUGUGUAUGACUUGAAACGUGAAAAACGAGUCGCUUCGUUUACAAGUUUGAUAUGGAGACUCAUUGAUGGAAUAACCUAUUAUGAGAAAAAGAGACUUAAAAAACGAUCGAUUGACGAAAAGGAAGGCAAAUUAUAUGUGGAUUUGCUGCAGAGAUUCAACAAAAGAAUGAGAUCAUUGUUGGUUAAUGAGUAG